AUGUUCAUUUGGUUAAAAUCCUCCUUAAAACGGAAAGAUAAUGCUACGGUAAAACCUUUUAUAUGGUCAUUAUUUCAUUGGAGGUUAAAAGAAGGUCAAAUUCCGAUCGCAAAACAACAAGAUCUCUUAGAGCAAGGAAUUUCUCAAGAUGAACUUAAUUUAUACAUCAAUUAUCACUAUAAAAAAUGUUUUUUCUAUUUGAUAAUUUAUAUUUCCUGCGCUCAAUUUUUACAAUCAUUUGCACCUGAUGUUUCGGAUAUCCCUUAUCCCAUUAGAGUUAUAAAAUUCGUUUAUGAUGGGACUCCAUUUAUCUCUUUAUUUGAAUUAUUCUAUUGUUAUAUUUAUGCUAGUGUGAUAUGUUUUUCAAUGAUUUAUAUUUAUGAGGUAACUCUUAUUGUAUCAUCAUAUUUAUUAUCUUACAUCUAUUCAACACCAAAUUCUUUAUUAUGUACAAAGUUAACCAAAGAUCAAUUAGAUUCUUUCAAGUUAUGGUUAAUUUCUCUUCUUUUUUAUUCAAAACCCAUCUAUAAUCAACCUUAUUUAUCUAAAAACCCAAAUGAUUUUUGGAAUAAUAGGUGGCAUCAAUGCUUAAAAGUAUUAUUUGUUGAAUUAGGUUACAAACCUAUUCUUUCCUUUUCCCCUUUCAAAUUACAGAAAUUUUUUGGUAUCUUGGCUGCAUUUACCGUUAGUGGUAUCUUACAUGAAUAUCUUUUAUAUUCUUCAAAUAGAUAUUUAACCUUAGAACAAUUCACUUUCUUUUGGUUUCAAGCGAUAGUUUUGAUAAUUUGGGACUUUACUAUGAAUUCAAAGGAAGAAAAAACUAAAGAAGAUCAAGAACAUGUUUUGAAGAAAAUUAGAAAUAUUCUAUUUAUGAACAUCUUUGCUAUUUUCACCAUUCCCUGGUUUAUGGAACCUUACAUAAGAUGCGAACAUUAUAAUACAGUAAUGCAUUUUGUCAAAAAAAAUUAA